AUACAGGGGGAGGGUUGCGUCAGGAAGGGCAUCCGACAUUAUUAUUAUUAUGCACAGAUGUUUUUUUGUAACUACUAUUAUAUAACAUACGUUUUAGUCCCACAAUUAUUUUUGUAUUUAAAUAGAGCGUUGUUGUUGCUCACAUGCAGGUUAUCAGCAGUCAUGCCUAUCUAACAAGCAUGGAAUUAGGAAAAGCUAAACUUCUCAGGAAUGGACUCAACACUCUACACCACGCCAUUCAUCCUGUCCAUGGGAUAGCCUGGACAGACGGGAGACGGGUUUGCCUCACCUCGUUCUGCCACGUCGCCGGUGAGAUUCAAUUCAAUGACACUAAUGUACUCGGAGAGUUCGAACACGUCUUUGGACUUUUCUGGGGACCUCUGUGUUGUUCAGAGACUCCUGCUUUGCUCGCGGUGCAACACAAGAAGCAUGUGACGGUGUGGCAGCUCCAGCUGAGUGCCCUCGAGCAGAACAAGCUUCUAUGCACCCAGACGUGUGAAAUGAGCGAGCCUUUCCCACUGCUGGUUCAGGGCUGCGUGUGGCAUCCCAGACAAGACGUCCUGGCCAUCUUGACUAAGCAGGAUGUCUCUGUGCUGUUCUCGGUGCGUGAGGGGAAUCGAGGAGUGAAGCCGGACAUCCGUGGCAGCGGUCAGAUCCGCUGUGCAUGCUGGACUAAAGACGGAACCAGAUUGGUGAUUGCCAUCGGCAGCGCUCUUCACUCCUAUAUAUGGAACGACAUCCAGAAAAGUCUGGUGGCGUGUUCGUUUUGCCCUGUUUUCGAUGUCGGUGGAGAUAUCUGUGCCAUCGUGUCUACUGAUGAGGCUCAGGUGGCUGUUACAACAGAACUACCUUUAGAUAAAAUCUGCAGGCUUAGUGCAGGUAUUCCCUUGGACAUACCAAAUGAAUUAAAUUCUGUAAUUUCUGAAGAAGAUGUUUGCUCAGAAUCCAGGAGGAAGUCCUGUGACUCAGCGCGCUCGCUACCUUUAGGGUUCCUUUCGUCCGCUGGCCCUAUUGACCUUACACAGAUACUGACAAAACACAGAAGAUCAGACCCUAGCCCUUUGAUUCAUUUCAGACAUCAUUUGACAGAAUCAUUUCAAGACUCGGCACAUCUGAUUUUGGUCAAGUACGAGAGAAAGGCCACGACCACCAGAAAAGUAAGCAUCCCCGGCAUUUUGGUUCCUGACGUCAUGGCCUUUCACCCGAAAGGGAACACGGUCGCGGUGGCAUCAAAUACCUGCAACGUGGUACUGGUCUACUCCAUCAUGGCAUCCUCCAUGCCCAAUGUUCAACAGAUCCACCUACAGAUGAAUGAAAGACCUAAAGGCUUGUGCUUUCUUAGCAGUAAGCAGAUUCUAGUCAUGCUUGGCAUUCAAAGGUCCAACAACCUGAGCAUCUAUCCGUCUUCCACCACAGACAAAUACUUCCUCGAGCUUACAGUCCGGGAGCUGGAGUUUGAUGAGAACACGACUUCCCAAAAGCUACUGACUGAUCCUCCUCUGUUGAAGAACAGCUGUGUUGCAAAAGAGGACAAGCUCGAACAGCUGGCCCACAACAUGGAGAGGAAGUUCGCUCGCUCUGCAGAGGUGCAGCAGUGCCUCUUCAAAGACUGCACCCAGAACGAGAAAAAGCUCAUGAGCAGCUACCCUCCUGCUUCUGAACCACAGUAUGUCCAUGUUACAUGUCAGAUGCAGGUAUCCGAGAACAUGUACACAGAUGAAAGGAGACAGGUGCUGUUGUGUAAAGGAAGGCUCUCUCUCCGGGUCCUGCAGGAACUCUUCAACCUGACUGUUAUAGAGAUGAAGCAUGGUCUGAUGUGGAUUACCCUAGUGGCCGACGCGGAUGGAUUUGUACCGCUCACCUUCAAGCACCAGGAGGAGCUCAUGAUUCGCAGUGCAAAGAGGAAAUUCCCCUUCAAACCUUUCGGCACUAGCAACAGCCUACCACUUGAAAAUCAACAUUUAACAAACAUAGAACAAUGACUUUU